ACGCCGAGUGCAGGUUAACGUUGGUCGUACAGCAGUCAUCAGUUGUCCAGCAUUUGGAAGUCCCGAACCAUCCAUUUCGUGGCUUAAGAACGGACAACCACUGAUCACGGACAAUCGGCAUGCCCUUUUGAAUGGUGGACGACAGCUAGAAAUCAGUGAUACUUCCGCUGACGACGAUGCUAGAUACACAUGCAUUGCAACAAACGACAUUGGCUUGGCCGAUUUGGAAACUUAUCUUCAAGUUGUUGGUGCACCGGUGAUAUCGGGUGGAAAACAAGAAAUGAUAGAAGUGCUUGUGAAUGAGCCAAAAGAUUUGAUUUGCGAUGCUUCCGGAACGGAGCCGAUUGAAAUUGAAUGGCUACGGGACGGAAAAGCAAUCGAGUUCGGCGGGGGUCCACGUUCUGCAACCAGCUAUUUGCAGGUUUCCUCACGUGGACGAAUCUUGCAUAUUUUGUCGGCGCAAGUUACGGAUUCUGCUCGUUACACGUGCAUUGCUCAGAACUCUGCUGGUGACGCAAAAAAAAUUUACGAUCUCGCUGUGCUUGUUCCGCCAACGAUCAACGAGACAUCCUCAUCGCCUCCGCUGCAAACCAUCAUUCCUGGCACUGGUUUUGCUGUGGAAUGUAAUGUUUACGCUAUUCCUGAUGCACAGGUUUGUAUUUUGCAUUUGAAGACAGAAAAAUGUUGAUU